CCUUCCUCGCUCGGAACGGUCCGUGGUCGUCAUUUAAUGCUAAACUUUGCAUGAAUUCGGUUCGCGGUUGUCCUGCCACCAAAGUGUUUCAGCGAUUUUGGCACACCAGUCCCAACAUCAGAAGUGCAGUGUAGCAAAAUAAGUGGAUCUAUUUCGGAACGGCGGAAGUGACUCGAUAAAUCCCGGCCGUGGGUCGAUUCGGGCAAAAAAUUACUUGGUGUGGUUCGGAAAAUACGGCAGCAGCCAAAGAUGUCCUCAUAUUUGGACCGACAGUGAAUUCCUUUCGUGCUGUGCAAUUUCUGUAGUGUGCGAGGGCAAGUCCAUUUUUGGCACGGUUCUGAUCCGAUUCAUGCGCCUCAAGUGACACCCUUUUUUUAUUAAAGUGAGAGCAAAAUAUUGAUUGCGAUCAAUUGUUUUCGAUUAAAUUGCUGAAUAUGCAAAUCUUGUGAUCAAAGUGUGAGGAAGAACAACCAUCGGAGGAAGAAAUUCCGAUGCAUCUGAAGAUUCAAAGUGAGGAAGUAUCACUCGCUGAGUAAGGUCAAGUUAGAAGAACGAAGAAAAUUGGCAGCAUAAAUCCGCAUCCAGAAGAGAAAAAAAUAUUUCCGAUAACGGAGCUACCGUCAUCAUCAUUGGUGCUGGUUUAGCUGCACGCUAGGGGAAUUGGAGCAAUAAUCAGCAGAUUCAGUCCAACCAACCAAGCGAAGGAGGAAAAAUAUUUAUGAUCGGUGCUGGGGCUUACACCAUGCUCUUUGAGGAUCUCACAUAAUUGCGCCGAUCGAAUAAAAAUGCAUGCAUUCCGAGUACGCCCCGGGGUACUAGUGUCCCCAUAGACAAGUGACAACAAUCGACCAAAACAAACGAACGAGCAAAGGCAACCUGCCCGACAACGAUCCGACACUCGAGAUUAGAUUUGUCCGUAAUAAAACGAAUUCCGAAUCGGUAGACACAUCAACGCGACGAAGUAGCAAAAAAAUUAGUUUACAAGUGAGAUUCAACAUAGUUUAGUGCGACGCACCGGUGUAAGAUAAGCGACAAAACGCUACCACGAGCUCAAGUCAAUAGUCUAGUCAGUUGAAUUGUGCCGGUUUUUAUUUUCAAUUGUAAAUCGCUGUGAUAUUCCCGACAUAAAAAUCCAUACUCCAAGUCAGUCAGCUCUCUAUCCAUCUAUCAGCAGCCUUUCAUUUCUGGAAGUAAUCCCUCGUCGUUCGGGGCAGUCGCGCAACGACGGCAAAGUUUUCCUCGAAUCUGUGUUGGUGGCAAGCUGCUACAGCUAUCGACGCCCGUCGUCGGCCCUCCCUGCUCAACCAUUCAGCAGCGCUUCGACGCUCGAUUCUAUCAAACUGUCAAGUGUUUAUACCGGGCUCGCAUGCUCCAAUCUCAGGCCUCAGCACCACUGGAGAGACACCGAGCCGUGCUGAGAGGAAGUGAAGCAGUCCGGCGAAUAUCAUAUUUCGGGGUUCUGGCCGAUAGAAACGAAUGCAAACCGGGCGCGCGCGGUUCGAUAUAUUGCUAAUGAGUAAAAAAUAAAUGAGCAACAGAUAGUGGCGAGCGAAGCAAGACAGCGGAGCGAUUUGGCUGGUUAUCAGUAGGACCCACUUCGGUGCUUUUUUUUGGGUGAAAUCGAUUGGUGAAACCAAGUGUGGCCGAAAAGGGCAAAUUAUUGAUUUUUUGGUGGAUUAGUGUUGCCGCGUAACCAAACUGCAACUCCCCCGCCUACGGCCGAUCGAAAUCCAAGCACCGCGUGACACUCGUUGCCAACGGAAAGUGUAUCGGAAGAAAGAUUAUUUUGGCAGUGAGGGGGCGCGCAGUGCAGUUCAUCCUCUCUUGGUGACCAGCGGAGAGAAACACAAUCCUGAUCCACGAUGCCGGUGAAUGCCAUCGGAACCGAUCAGCUGAGCGGUAUCGAAGAAGAAUCGGACAUUUAUGAAGCGUUCGCGCCACACGUGGACACAUCCAAUAUCUCGGUACUGACCGACACCCCUCCAGGGAAAAAACCAAAUCUAAAAACAUUUCAAGAUGUGCAAUCACUCAUACAGCAAGGUAAGAAACGCGAAGCCAAACUAGUGCUAAGGGAAAACUCAUGGCCCACCAACUCGCCAAUUCGGUCGCAACUAUGGCCGGCGCUGUGCACUCAGCACCACGUCGGAAAAACGAUGCUGGAUGGAUUCUACUGGGACAUGGUGAAUCAGGUCUUCGGCACGACAGAGCUGCCCGAGAAACCGAUCAUGCUACCGCCCUUCGUCGAUUCCACCCACUGUCUGCCGUACCAUCUGACGCGGAAGGGCCGGGCGGUGGCGGAUCGGGUCGUCAGCGUGCUCGGUUACGCGUGCCCCGACAUCACCUACAGUCCCACGCUGUACCCCAUUACGGCGAUCCUGCUACAUUUCAUGUCCGAGGAGGAAUGCUACCACUGUAUGGCGAGUCUGGUGGCACCCAAAGAUAAAGUGUUUAUAACACAAACAAAAUUACUUUACGAAGUCACCUGGAAGACUGUGAUGCAAAUUGCCAAAAAACAUGCGAAAUCCGCAGUACUGUAUUUAUCGAGAUUAUGUCCGGGCCAGAAGGCGGAGCGCAUCUUCAUGGACUGGUGUUGGUGGGUUCUCGGCGGGCUUCCGUUUCCGCACCUGGUGCGGGUGAUGGACUGCUUCUUCCACGAGGGCAUCAAGGUGUUCUACCGGGUCGCCCUCGCCAUCCUCAUCCUCUUUCACAAACACUCGACCGCCACCAAUUCCGAGUGGGACGCCGACACGAUCAAAAAUGACAUCGACAACGCGCUACCCAAGUUCUGCAAACACAUCCCGGUCUCGCCGACCAAGCUCCUGCGGACGGCUUUUAGUAUAAGAGCACUUAGUUCAACCUACAUAUCUAGGAUUUUUCUAAAGACUGAAAUGGUACUAAAGAGUAAGUCAGUUCUUAGUGGUUCCAAGCAGAUGGUAAGAUCACGUUCUAGCGAUAAUUUACCAACGAGUCAAUCCCAAGUCAACGUACAAAUGAUGUCACAUACACUAACCAUUAGAGAGAAGUUGAAGGAAGAUCGGGAUUCCUGUCGGGCGAUGCUUUUUACGCUUUGGUCCUGGCUGCCAGUUAGAAUAACAAUGUACCAACCCGUACUGCUCUACACAACGGAGGAGCACGGAUGCUCACUGACGACAUUCUACGUUCGAGUUGAGCAACAUGAACCCACACUGCUGAUGAUCAAAACCUGCAACAAUGAGGUGUUCGGUGCCUACUGUUCAUCGCGGUGGUUCGAGCGUAACCUCAAGGACGACCGUGGCCAACGGCAGGCGUAUUUUGGCACCGGCGAAACGUUCCUGUUCUCUCUCUAUCCGGAACGCGCGAAGUAUCCCUGGGUCGGCAUUGAAGGUGACAAGGGACUGGGACACGCGUCCGAAUUAUUUAUGGCCGCCGACUCCAAGAUGAUAACGAUCGGGGGAGGUCAAGGACAAGCGAUCUGGAUGGACGAGAACAUCCGCUUCGGCAAAACGGACCGCUGCCAGACAUUCAACAACCCGCCGCUGUGCGUUUCCGGUGAUUUCGAAAUACGAGUGCUCGAAGUGUACGGAUUCGUAGAAUGUGAAUAACGAUUGUUGAGAGUUAGUAGUUGAUGGGAAGAAGAAAAGGAAGUAACACAUAUAAUACUAACUAUAGACGUGUAAUAAUGGUAGAAGAAGUAAUUUUAAGAGAUAUGAUUAUUUUGUUUCGUUUUUUGAAAUGAGAUGAGAACAAACUGUGCGGCAUCGUUUGUGAACUAUAAGGUAACCCACCAGAAACAACGCUUCAAUAAAAAGCUGAUUCGUUCUAA